AUGGAGGAUGAAGCUGAGAUAUAUGACGGAAUUAGGGCGCAGUUUCCAUUAGCUUUUGGUAAGCAAUCGAAAUCCCAAACCCCUAUCGAAUCCAUUCACAAUGCCACGCGCCGCCCCGCCUCCGCCGUGGCCAGCGAAAAUCCAUCCUCGUCUAUUUCGAAUAACAAAACCAACGACUUGCCUUCUAUCUCUAGUUCCUCUAGAUCUUGGCUGGACUCCCUCAAAAACCCUAAGCGUAACCCUAGAUCUAGCUUUGGAAUUAAUGAAAAUUCAAAGAACAUUGCCAAGGAGGAUGAGUUGGUGGGGCCACCUCGGCCACCAGUCGAUGAGAAUGAUGCACUGAUUGGACCCCCCAGGCCUCCUCCUGAGAGUGCUGAGAAGGAGGAGGAUGAUGAUGAUGAUGGAGCAAUGAUUGGACCUCCUAGGCCGCUCGGUGGAAAUGAGGAGGAUGAUGAGCCGAUCAUUGGACCACCUCGGCCACCACCGGACCCAGCAGAGUCAGACUCGGACGAUGAUAUGGAUGGAGAACCCGAGGAUGAUCGGUAUCGAAUACCCAUGAGCAAUGAGAUUGUGUUGAAGGGGCAUACCAAGGUGGUUUCUGCUCUUGCGGUGGAUCACACAGGAUCUAGAGUACUUUCUGGCAGCUAUGACUAUACAGUCCGCAUGUAUGAUUUUCAAGGAAUGAAUGCUCGUUUACAGUCAUUCAGACAGCUUGAACCAUUUGAAGGUCAUCAAAUUCGUGGUUUGAGUUGGAGUCCUACCUCUGAUCGAUUUUUGUGUGUGACUGGCUCUGCUCAGGCUAAGAUCUAUGACCGUGAUGGACUUACAUUGGGUGAGUUUGUCAAGGGGGACAUGUAUAUAAGGGAUCUUAAGAAUACAAAAGGCCACAUAUCUGGAUUGACUUGUGGAGAGUGGCACCCUAAGUCCAAGGAGACAAUCUUGACAUCAUCUGAAGAUGGUUCACUGAGAAUAUGGGAUGUAAAUGACUUUAAAAGUCAGAAACAGGUUAUUAAACCUAAACUUGCUAGGCCAGGAAGAGUUCCUGUAACCACAUGUACUUGGGAUUGUGAAGGAAAAAAAAUUGCAGGUGGCAUUGGGGAUGGUUCUAUACAGAUAUGGAGUAUUAAAGCUGGAUGGGGAAGUAGGCCAGACAUAUCUGUUGCCAAUGGUCAUUCUGAUGAUAUCACUGGACUUAAGUUUUCCAGUGAUGGACAAAUACUAUUGUCAAGAAGCUUUGAUGGUUCGCUGAAGGUCUGGGAUGUGCGUAAAAUGAAGGAGUCUCUUCGGGUGUUUGAUGAUCUUCCGAAUAAUUAUGCUCAGACAAAUAUUGCAUUCAGUCCCGAUGAACAACUCUUCUUGAGUGGAACAUCUGUUGAAAGGGAUAGCACAACAGGGGGUCUGCUAUGUUUUUUUGACAGACAGAAACUGGAACUUGUUUCAACUGUUGGAAUAUCUCCUACAUGUAGUGUUGUUCAGUGUGCUUGGCACCCAAGGCUGAAUCAGAUCUUAGCCACUGCUGGGGAUAAACAUGAAGGAGGCACUCACGUACUCUAUGAUCCGACAGUUAGUGAUAGAGGAGCUCUUGUUUGUGUUGAACGUGCACCACGGAAAAAGUCUGUUGAUGAUUUUCAAGCACAGCCUGUAAUUCAGAACCCUCAUGCACUUCCCAUGUUUAGAGAUCAGCCAAGCCGUAAACGUCAGCGUGAGAAAAUGUUGAAGGAUCCACUUAAGUCUCAUAAGCCCGAACUUCCCAUGAAUGGGCCAGGUUUUGGUGGUAGAGUUGGUACAACCAAGGGAAGCUUACUAACCCAAUACCUUCUUAAGCAAGGUGGUUUGAUUAAGGAGACGUGGAUGGAAGAAGAUCCCAGAGAAGCUAUUCUCAAGUAUGCUGAUGUUGCUGCAAAAGAUCCGAAGUAUAUUGCUCCAGCAUAUGCAGACACACAGCCCGAAACAGUUUUUGCCGAGUCAGAUUCCGAGGAUGAGGAGAAAUGA